AUGCGUCCCGCAACCGCCGCGAUGACAACCUCGUCCCCAAAGGCGGGGACUUCCCUUAAGGCGAACCUUGUGCACGCGGCGCCGGUACCGUUGAUGCCGGUCGGGCAGCGGUCAGAUCUGCCACGGCCAAAACCGGCGUCCUCUUCCUCCCUAUCCAGCUUCCUCCCAUGGAUGAGAAGAGGGCUUCGUCAAGGAUCCCAUGAUGGAGGUCAACAUGGGAGGCUGCUUCCUCUGAUCCCAGAUCGACCAUCCGGCGAUGGAGGCCAUGAGAGCCACUUGGGCACAAACAUGGCUGCGCUUCAAGGUCAACCCUCGCCCAUCCUUUCUCUUCGAUUUGAUUUGAUCUCCUCCCCUGAUUUCCUUCCCCACGCAGUUGCAGCUUGA